CUUAAUCAAAUUCAUCAAUAGUAACAAUGGGAUCAAAAAGUUGUUUCUGUAGUACAAGACCAACUAAAACCAAGAGCAGCGACGAAUCAAGUAUGGGAAGUUUCUUAGCUGCUCACCUAUCCUCUACCAAAAAUACCAAGUCCUCCAGCUUCAGUCACAAGGUUUGCUCAAAGAUGAGUUUCUGCCGACCAAGGUCUUCGUCAGAGGAUGAAAAAUACGAAAUAUUUAGGCCAUACAAAAGAGACAAGAAUUUUUGAGAAGACAGCCUUCAUGUCAUUAACAAAAGCAUAAGCGACCUCUCCUCAAUUACCCUAAACACUGAAUCUAUCAAGAAAUAUUAUCAGAUUGGCCACGUCAUUGGAAGCCGAUCUGGCUGAAUCAUCAAGGAAGGCUGAAGCUUAGCAAACCCAAUGUUCAAAGUAGCUAUAAAGGUGUAUAAGCUCACAGGGUCACGCUCAAGGCUUGGUUCUAUUGCCCGAGAGAUUUCAGCCCUUGUAAAUCUGGAUCACCCAAAUAUGCUAAAAAUUCAUGAAAUAUUUAAGAACAACCAAUCAUUUUUUGUAGUAUGAGACUUAGUGAAAGAGAGAAAACUCUCCGAUUUUAUAAAAGAUAGUAACCAACUGUCAGAGAUUGAUGCAAAGGUGAUCGUCAGACAACUCCUAAAGGCAGUGGGAUAUUGCCAUCUUAAAAAUAUAAUGCAUAGAGACUUGAACCCAAAUAAUAUUCUGGUUAAUCCCGAAACACUCCAGAUUAAAAUUGUAGGGUUUGGAUCAUCAACGUACUUCUCUGAGUCACAAGACUUGGAUAUCUCUGUCGGACAAUCAAAUUAUGUAGCCCCUGAAGUAAUAGGAGGAAAGUAUAACAAGGAAGCAGAUGUAUGGAGUAUUGGAAUCAUUACAUACAAAAUGCUGACUGGGUCCCUCCCCUUUUCAGAACAAAGACUUGGAAAAAUAAAUCAAAAGAUCCUGAGAAACCCUCUAAAAUUUUGAGCUGACCAGUGUAAAGAUCUUAGCCAAGAUUCAAUAAAAUUUAUUGAGCAACUUUUAGUAAAAGAUCCCUUAAGAAGGGUUAAAAUAAAAGAUGCACUAAAGCAUGACUGGUUGGUUGAUUCAACCAAUGAAAUCCUGAAAUUUGAUAAAAAGCUAUUAGAAAAAUUGACUCAAAGCAUUCGUCCUCAAAUCUUCAACAGAGAGAUUCUCUCUCUUUGCUAUAACAUGAUUGACUCGAAAACAAUUGCUGAAUGGAACAGAGUAUACUAUUCAGUUUAUUCAAGCUGGGCUGGCAAAGCCAGCGUCAAGAAACUCAUUCAGAGAUACUGAGACAGAGAUGAAUUUGUAAAAACUCCUAGCUCAACAGGAGGCUGUUCAACAAAUACUGAAAGUAUGCCGAUCGACAGGUAUAUCUCAUAUUCAAACUUCCUUGCGAUUAUGCUCAACCUGGAAGAUGACCUGCCUAAGCUUCACUUAGAAUCAGUUCUUGCCCAUUUCGGAAUAGAUCUGACUCAAAAAUUGGAAGUAAAAAUGUUGGAGAAAUAUUUGGGAAGGAAAUGCACUGAUUACUUGCCUGAAAAAGCAGCCAUAUUAUUCAAUGAAAUUCUCUCCAAAUUUGAUUAUCUGAAUUAUUCUGAUACUGGUGUCAGAUUAGAACUUAACUGAGAAGAAUCUUUUGAGGAAACUUCAAUGGAUAUUACCAAGACUUCAGAGGGUAAAACAAUGCCUGCGCUAGUAGAGCACGGAGAUAAGCUAUUCAAAACUUUGCUCACUAAAUACUAAUAAAUGUUAAUAAUUUGAAAAUAUAAUUAUCUCCAAUUUCUUAUUUCCUGGAGAAUAAUUAAAAAAAACGACUAAAACUGUUAACUCUAAGCCAAGCUUAAACCUGUCAAUAAGAAGUAAAGGAAUAAAAGGUUCCGAUUCAGGAUCGAUAAUUAAAUUUUCACGAUAGCAUUGCAUCCAUAAACUCUCAUGGCCAAAUUUUC